UCGUUCUCUUGCCCGCACAUGAUUUGGGUAAACCCGUUCAUGGAAUCAGGAAGUAAUAUUUUGCAGCUGUGCCCCUGGUGAGAAACUUUCCUGUACUGGGGCAGUCGAAGCUUUUGUUUUGUAUCCGCAAAUAUAGGCUAUUAGAGUUACACACUGGAAAAUAUAAUAUUCGUGGACGGGAGCCUAUCUUUUGGUGUAAGUCUUUUUAGUGUGCAUUUUUAUUCUCUGAAAGUACCCGGAAGACUUGAAUUUGACACCUUGGCUUAGGUAGGGUAAGUAGAAUGGAUGUUCCUCACCUGACAGAAGAUGAAAUGGCAGAUAUUAAAAAGGAGGUCCUAACGAGGCUGCGACCGUACCUCUGUGACAAGAUCCGGGUCGACCGCCAUUUUGACUACCUGCGCUCGCGCAAGAUCCUUACGCGGGACGACACAGAGGAGAUCAGCUGCAGGAGCACGCAGAGUAAACGGACAGGCAUGCUGCUGGACUACCUGGCUGAGAACCCUCGGGGGCUGGACGCCCUGGUCGAGUCCAUCCAGCAAGGACGUACCCUCAACUUCAUCAUCACCAAGAUCACUGAUGAGGUGCAGAAAGUGAAGAAUGAGAGGAUAGAGGCUCUCAGAGCAGGGGCUUCCAGUUCCUCCUCGAGCUUCCUGCCAACCCAGGACACAUCCAGGGCCGCUAAAGACCUGUCCAGGACGCUGUCAUAUGAGACCAACCUGGCAUCCACCAUGCCGUACAACGGAGAAGGGAGCCCAUCCACCUCUGACGCCCUAAGAUCCCUCAACCUGCCCACUGCCUCCAGCCAAGGGAAGGUGUCAUCAUCCAUGGGAGGAGAUAGCAUGGUUGCGUCUUCAUCCCAGGCCUCGUCCAAACUGCCCAGGCCUGGAGACCCAGGAGCUCCCCACCUGCCACAGGAGGCCUUAUCUAACAUGGAUGCUGGACCACACAGGAGCACAGCGAUCAGCGGAGGGGACGCCAACUUCCAGCCCCUGAGGUCACGCUCCAUCCCCCCCACUUCCACAUCAUACAGGGACCUCUCGCCUCGGCCCCCACCGAAAUCUUACUGAGGAUCGCCCCUUGCCCUGGAAUGUCUCCCACAUCAUUACUCAUCACAAACAUUCACACUUCAAUUUUAUUGUUUGUACCAGUUUGUGUUUUCUCUUGGGUUUUAGUUCAGUGAUACAUCAAACAAAUAGCAACUCGUAAAGUAUAUUCCAUGCCUUACAUUAUACUCUGGAUUAUUAGAAAGCUGGACACGCUUAUUUUGAAUUCAAUGAAGAAACCAUACAAGUAACUACUUACUAAUUAUGUCUCAAUCAUAAGCUGUACCUUCAUGAAUUUUACUCUGCUCCUAUCAAGUCAUCUUUCAUAAGAUGCCCCUUACCCACAGAGAGACAGAUUGAGAUAGCUACACGUUAUCCUGAACUUGGACUAAAGUUGUAGGUCAUCAUUCUCCAUCAACACUACUGCUCAUCUAUUUUCCUAUGAAUUAUGGGCGUUCUUCAUGAGAGACUGGCAUCAACAUGCCACACCAUGAAUUAUGGGGGUGUGAGUUCUUCAUGAGAGACUGGCAUCAACAUGCCACACCAUGAAUUAUGGGGGUGUGAGUUCUUCAUGAGAGACUGGCAUCAACAUGCCACACCAUGAAUUAUGGGUGUCUGGGUUCUUCAUGAGAGACUGGCAUCAACAUGCCACACCAUGAAUUAUGGGGGUGUGAGUUCUUCAUGAGAGACUGGCAUCAACAUGCCACCAUGAAUUAUGGGUGUCUGGGUUCUUCAUGAGAGACUGGCAUCAACAUGCCACACCAUGAAUUAUGGGGGUGUGAGUUCUUCAUGAGAGACUGGCAUCAACAUACCACACCAUGGCAGCUACAGUAGAGCUGUUUCCUUGUAAGGAGCCCAGAGCAUCAGAAGACAACUUCUCUGUAUUGAAACAUAACACUGGAAUUAAUGGUUCAGCAUAUGCUUUAUGGUACACAAACUGUAGCCACAAACUUUGGUAGACCUAUGCUGAAAUGGUUAAUGUUUUUACUCUAGACUAAAGUAUUCUUAUACUAUAGAUACAUUUUCUUAUUGUGAAAGGGCAUGAAUGUGUAAUGUAGUACAACGGUGUUACUUAUUAUUCAGAAAGUGAACUUUAAUACCUGCUAUUUUGAUAAUUGAUGUACCAGUACUUUUUAUAUUUGAGAUCUUGAAAAUGUAGACCUUCUAUAAAUAAAUCAAAGGAAUAUGAGACACAGGA